CACGUAGGCACACAUGAAAAUCUCUUCACAUAGACUCAAUGGAGGCGAUCGACUCGUUCGGUAUUCGCGGUAUUUAUUGCGCGGAUAACACCCUCGAGCGAAUGUGUGCCCGCGAAAGCUCUGUUUGGAGCGACGCGAAAAGUAUACAACGCCGCCCUUGACGAAGGAGUACGUUCGCUUCUAUAUACAUCAUCACUCGUAUCGAGAUCGCUAUUCUACAUUCGCCACCCUCGCCAUCAUAUUUCAUCGUCAGCACAAUUCAAAUUUGUAACGGGCGAAUCACACGUACGCAUAUUACCGAUAGAGCUAAAACCCAUAUUUAUGGCAGCACUGGCAGCGGCAGUGUUCCCCUAGAGCUACGGCCGUUACGUAAUAGAGAUCUGGCAGUACUGCGUCGCUACGACCGCUCGGCCGGUUCCGUCGCUGCUCGGCGUCAGUCGGCGAGCCGCUGCGCACGCAGUGCCGCUUGGUCACCCCCCUCCCACCACCGGCUCAUCCCCGGGACAGUCGCUGCUGCUGGCACAGCUAGUGGCGCCGCCGCUACCGCCAUGUUACUUUUCGCUUUCCGGCGCCCGGUUGGUUGCUUCUCGCGUACUCCAAAUCCGAAUUGUGCGUAAAUACGGUGUUCAGAGUGCCGAUGUAAUAACGGACGAUUGCCUCGACACGUCGAGUCACCCAAGGUCGUGCGUACAAUGCGUGAUCGCUCGUUUACAAAGCACGGCGUCAUUUGCCUGUCGUGUUGCUUCGAGAACUUUCCCGCCCGCGUAUUCGCUCGUCGCUCGUGCAAUGGGGUACCGCGAGUGUGUCGAAUGAACCGCGCUGCUUGGUCGUCGCGCGAUUGUAUCAGAAAAUGCUCGAACAGGAGCGAAUUCCGUCCUCUGUGCUUACGCGUGCUUUCGUUCAAAUGGCUCUCGUCACUUUUCCCGGAACACCAUGACGUCACGCGAUCUCGGUUGUCCUUGUCGCUGCCAUGUUGAUUUUCGUUUCGUCGCCGGUUGGACACGCUCCGAGCUUUGCCCGUGCUCCAAAUCGGAAGGGUGCGUAAAUACGGUGUUCAGAGUGCCGAUGUAAUAACGGACGAUUGCCUCGAUACGUCGAGUCACCCAAGAUCGUGCGUACAAUGCGUGAUCGCUCGUUUACGAAGCGCGGCGUCGUUUGUCUGUCUCGUCUUCGGGAACUUUCCCGCCCGCGUAUUCGCUCGUCGCUCGUGCAAUGGGGUACCGCGAGUGUGUCGAGUGAACCGCGCUGCUUGGUCGUCGCGCGAUUGUAUCAGAAAAUGCUCGAGCAGGAGCGAAUUCCGUCCUCUGUGUUUACGCGUGCUUUCAUUCAAACGGCUCUCGCCACUUCUCCCGGGAUACCGCUACGUGACGUCAUGCACCCUCUCGGUUGUCCUUGUUCUUGUCGCGGCCAUGUUGAUAUUUUUGAGUUGAUUUUUGUUUCGUUGCCGGUCAGACACGCUCCGUGCUUUUCGCGUGAUUUAAAUCUGAAGUGUCGAAAGUUCUUUACGCAGUAUUUAGUACAAGCUAAACUCUCGCCCGCGUAUCGCGUUCAUUUUAUUCGCAUUCAUAUGUCAUGUUCGCGUAAUGAGUGCGGGAAUACGAAAUUGAGUACCGGAUGGUCGUUAUUGCUGUGCAACUGCGAAGCAAGUUUUCUCCAAGUGCAACUAAAGCAGAUCUUUCCAUUACAUUCUUUGGCCAGUCGUCUGUAAUCAUACUUUGUUAGUGUAAAUGAUAAAGAAUUGGAAAUGUGAAAGAGUGCGCGAUUAUAUCGAACGUGCAUCACGAUCGAGUACAGGAAAGCGGGACGGCCACGUGAGAUCCGGUCUCGGGAGGACGGAAAAAUAUGAGCAUCUUGUGAAGCCGGAAAAAGCGGAGUUUUCAUCAUGGAAACCGAGGAACUCACCAGGCUCGUCGACGAGAUCUACAAGAACAUCUUGGAUAAGUUCAAUCCUGGCGCAAGGCAGCUGAUCAACGCAGGCAAGGCGUACCUGAAGGCUCUUCACGGAGCUGCGGCGGCGUCGCGAGUUUACGUCGACGCUUUGUCCCGAUUAGCCCGUCAAGCCCAGCUGGGAACAUGGGGCGGUUCGAAGGAUGUGGGAUUCGCGCUGAUGAGAAUCGUCGAGGUGUACAAGGAAAUACAGGAACAGGAGAUGAACAUAUUAAAAGCAUUCUACGUGGAUUUGCUGGUGCCCCUGGAGACCAACCUGGAGAAGGACACGAAAGUCGUCCAGAGCGAGCAAAAGAAGUUUCUUCAGCAGCACAAGACCAGAUCCGAGACGUACAGCAAGGCGGCCGCGACCAUGAAGAAGCAGAGAAAGAAGUCCAGGGCGGCCAACAAGAGCGGCCUCGCCAUGGACAAGGAGCUCAAGAACAUGCAGAUCCUCGAGGAGGAGAAAACCAAGCUUGACGCCUUCUGCGAGCAGAGCCUGAAAAAUGCGAUGACUCAGGAGAGACGGCGAUACGGUUUCGUGCUGGAGCGACAAUGCUCCUUGGCGAAGCACUAUGCGAGUUUUCAUGAGGUUGCACUGGCCGCGCUUCAUCCCUCGGUUGAUAAAUGGCGCGAGGUUGCCGCCACCAGAGAAUACUUGCCCCAGUCAGUGGAGGACAUGUUCGCUUCCAGACUCAGGCAAACGUCGUUCUGGCCGGAGGACGAGGAGAACGGUGGUUCGGAGCUGACGACGAUGAGCUCGCAAUUACGGAAGACCCGUAGCAUGGACAGCUCGUGCCUGGAGCUGCGGCUGGGCCCACUACCCGGAAACUCGCAGUCGUCCAGCGGCCACCUCGGUCCAGCGCACCAUCUCCCCGCCGCCCUCGCCAGAGCGAGGUCGGAGGCCAAUCUGCACGCCUCGACAUUAUCCCUCGGUCCCGAGGUUCCAGAGACCCCACCCCGACCUCGAUCCAUGGCACCCCCGACGUCCCGCAGCAGUGCGAGUGGCACCGGAGUCGGCGCCGGCGGUUGGGGGGACGCCCCCCUCGCCAGGGCUCUCUUCGCUUAUCUCAGCUCGGGGGAGAAUCAGCUGAGCUUUCUGGAGGGUGAUCUCAUCGCGCUGAUGGGAGACCGUCAGAAGGGAUGGCAAUUUGGCGAAAAUCUGCGCACUCAAAGCACGGGAUGGUUUCCCUUGGCGUACACUGAAAUUAUAAUCGACGACACUUUGGGAAUAAGGCGGAUGAGUUUGAGAUCGCCGAGUCAUGUAGCGAGCAACGGUAGGACUCCGGAGCCGCAGGUCAUACCGCCGUGCAAGCCGCCGCCCUCUCGACCGCCGAUCACGCCGGCGAGUAUCGACGAACCAUCCGGUGGAACCCCUGGCGCCGGUAGCAGCUCCGCCAACAACGGCACCAAUAUCAACAGCAAUAACAACAGCGGUAGCAACGUCGGCACGCCGACCAACACCGCGAGCGUCUUGGCGACUCCGACCGCGCGUCAAUCAAAAUCGAUCCGUCCAUCGGGCACGUUGCCCGCGGUGCUGGCCGGCGGGCGAAGGGUGCAGCCGCCCGUGCCGCCGGUACCACCACCGGCGAUGACGUCCCUCCACAGCAGCAACGACAGCGGCUUCUCCAAUGAGCCCCCGGUGCAGCCCGACGUCGAUUACAGCGACGACGAGGCGUUGAGACGGCGCCGGAAGCCGCGUAGCGGAGGAGACCGUCCUUCCCCGAAGAACGAGAAGCAGUCGAAGGACUGGGAGAAUGACUCCUGGAAAACGAUCCCACGGGACGAGAAGUCCUGGCAGCUGUAUCGCACAGCGAUGGAUCUCUGGGCGGAGUCCAAGGCCAACCAGGUAGGCGAGGAUUCGAAGAAGUACUUCGAGAUGGAGAACGGCGAUUUCGCAUUGGAGAAUGGCGAUAUAUCGAAGAAGAGGAAGAGCAAGAAGGCUGCGCAAACGUCGAACGAACGUCCCAGUCCGAAUCAGCGCACCAAGAUGACGGACGAGCAGCGGGGUGCUCCCACCGCCACUCGCCGUGGCGAUCAGCGACGCGUCGACAAGCGGACGCAGGCUGAGACCGAGGAAGACGAGCUCGAGGAGGACGAGGAGGACUUUAGCGCAGAAUACCGUAACAGCAGCAACAACAACAACAAGUUCUACGCGGAUAAUCAGGAGACUCAACAGGAGCGAAGAAGGGGGAGAGGAGGAGGAGGAGGAGGAGAAGGUAAUUUCGAAGCGGAGAAAUACGCCAAGUCUACGAGCUCGUCGUCCGAUUCCGACGACGAGAGCACCAUCACCAUACCGGAGCCGGGUCGUAAGGUCGAGCAUAUAGCGCAGAAGCUCGAGCAGACCGCGCAGAAGUACGCGCGCGAGCACAGCCCGCCCAAGUUCCUCGAGCGACGAGAGAGAUCCGCCGCGACCGAAUACAAGAGCCUCGAGAGAGAGACGCGCGAGGCUGCUCUCUCGCGCGAUCGUCGCGAUAGGUCCGCCACUGCUGCGGAGUACAAGAGCCUGGAGCGCGGCCAGAAGAACAUGGAGCAGGCUCGCCGCGAGGACAAGGCGCGCUUGCGAGACGACAAGCGCGCGCGGGACGACAAGCAUUCGCUCGAGCGAAGCUCCCGCGAGGACAAGUCGAGCUUCGAGCGCGCGAGAGAGGACAAGCAGAGCUUCGAGCGCUCGAGGGAGGAGAAGCAAAACUUUGAGCGCACGCGAGAGGACAAGCAGGGUUUCGUCGAACGCUCGAGGGAGGACAAGCAGGCGUUCGAUCGCUCGCGAGAGGACAAACAGAGUUUCCAGCGGUCUCGCGAGGACGCGCAGUCCUCGUACGAGCGAGCCCACGCUCGCUCCAGGAACGAGCAGGAGCGCGCGUACGUGGAGCAGCGGAAGGAGGUGAUGGGUUACGAACGUACUUUCGAGAAGAACCGCAACAGAACGGUCGAGCGACUGUCCAGUCGACGAUUCGAGCGGCCACGGCCACCGUCGCAGGAGGCUCCGGAACGACCUUCGAUGGGUCCCUAUCGGGAGCGUAGAUACUCCGACAAGGAGGAGGUGAUUUACGGGGAGAGCGGUCGAUACGGGGCAGGCUCGCUCGAGAGGGACCGCGGUUACGAGUCGAAUUUCGAGACAAAGUUGGAGAGGACGAAGGUGAUCGAGAGACACGGCUAUCACGCGAGCAUACACGAUCCGGGUCUGCAGAAGCGGACAAACGCCACGCCGAGGAUCAACGAGCGAAGUAACGGCGAUACCAAUAACAACACGCUGAAAAUCGAGCGAAAAGUCCUGCCGCGACAGUCGACUGCCAUGGGCCACCUCGUGCAAACCGGGAGAGCUUUCGACGAAUCGAAGAGCCCGAAGCUCGUGAAGAGGACCAAGUCUUUCUGGAAGUUCCGCCGAGACUCCGAGGUGCUGGAGGGUAUGGCGCUUUGGCAGCAUCGCUCGCUCGUGGACAUCCCGAAGAUGAUUCGGAAGGAGGACAAGACGGCGGAGAACGAGGAGCGACAGAGGAACUCCGACGGCGACAGCCCUAACUCGAGUCUGGGCAACAGCGAGGGCACCAUCACGAACGAACACCGGCACGAGGAGCCCAAGCCGGCCGAGAGAAGCCAUGUGCCCGACAAGACCUCCGAUUAUUUCGAGGACUUUCCGACGCCGGCGGAACGGUCUAAGAUCACGGAAAGAUCAGAGUAUCGGAUGCAACAGCAACAGCAGCAAGAGGAGCGCACGUAUUUUGUCGGUAACGUGUCGCGAAAGGCGAUUAUCGAGAAGGAACGCAGGCGUAGUCUCGAGGCGAAGCGAAACAUGAUUGUGGCCGAGCUGAAGGAGAACAACGAGAGCAAGCGGCACGAGAUGGCGCGCGGUAGGAGAAACUACGACGAGGAGGACGCGACACUGAACUUUAGCGAGACCGAGGCCUCCGAUGAGGAAUCCACGUACAGUUGCAUCGUCGUAAAGGAUCAGAGCAUACCGGAAAAGACGUUGCUACCGAGGACCAAGCUGAGAAGGGAGUCUGACCGAGAUAGAAAUAAUUGCGGACCCUGGUACGAUCUAUGGGGCACGGACGCGUCUGUCAAUAAGAAGAAAAAGAAGCAGAAGCAGCAAUAAGUGAAUGUUGCGAUUGUUGAAUGAAAAAAAAAAAUGUCGAAAUUGGACGAAUAUCGAUCUGAAAAUGAUGAAAAGUAUUUUUUGAGCAGAGAUGAGGGCAUCGAAAAGUAGAAGAUAAAAGAAAGGGAGAUUGAUGUUACGUUGGCAUGCUUGAGGAAAACGAAGAGGAGGCUUCCACUGCAUGCAAUUUUGUUUUGAUUUUUCCUCAGUUUAGGUGUAUACCGAUAAUACGCGAACGAGGAUUAACCGAUUCAAAUUUGAAUCGGCGAACGAACAUCGAUCUCUCGCAGUCGUUACCAUCUUCAUUAUUCCACCUCUCCCAAGUUACUUCAGUCCUGUUUGUUGUAAGUUUGUUUAUAGCCACCUACUCACGAGCAAGCCCAUGAAUGAUCGACUCAGCAUCUUGUUGUGAUGUGUUUGCAUUGGCUAAUCCCUUCCCGAUCCUUUGUUUCUCGUCUUCAACGAUUGGCUGUUGAUGUUGUAGGAGCUUGCAGCACCGUCGAAGAAGGCGCUCGAUACAUUUUUGCGACGACUUCUAGACAACUUAUGUCUCUUCGAAACAGAUCGAGCGACUUGACUGGAAGAUACAUCGCUAUCGUGACUCGUGUUGUUGUCCGUGUUACUACUACUGCACGCGUUAGCUUCUUUUGGUUAUCGCUGGCAUAUCGUGCAAGUCAUUUGCUAGAUAUUAUUCGCCACUUUAUUUCAAACUCUCUUGCCACUUUUUAAUUUUUUGUCCGACGCUUCGAUUGCAUUGCCAAUUGAUAUGAAGUUGCAUUUUCGUAUUUUCUGCGUACGAUGCAUUCAGAAUUUUUUCGAGAAAGUUUUUAAUGUUACUUGCACAACUAUAUUGAAAAACGAUGGCCGGGUCAAUCUUGAUCGACAUUUUUCAGAUAUAUUUGCUCACGAAUAUUUGUAGACACGUGAAUCUCGAGAGACCUAGCCAUCGUCAGAUUAAUCAAUUUCAAUCGAAUGUGCUCGUCCUACAUCAAAUAUAUUCAUCAAAAUAAACGAUUGGAUGAUAUCAACAAAAAGUCUUCAUCGUGUGCUUUUGAAGAAGGAAACCACCACGAAAUUCUUAAGCUCACGAUCGUGUUUCUGGCUGUCCAAUUAUGGACGCGUAUCUCAAGCCCCGAUUAACUACAAUUAACAACUUUCAGGACUAACAUAUUCGCGACUGUGAAGCUGCGAAAGACGAAGACUAACGACCGCUCGGCGCCAGCGCUGUCAUGAGACAAACUCUUUCCCUAGAUCGCACGUCUCGCGCGAUCCAAUAGCGAUCCCGCGACGCGAAGACGGGUGUGUCUCUCUUGUUGAACAAGUUCCUUCGUCGCGCAGCUCUCCACGCGAGACGAGAAUCGACUGCCAUGCGAUUAUCUGUCUGCGAAUUUCUCUUCAGGUGAAAAUGCGGCACUAACCCUUUCCGUAUCCACGCGCUGCAUUUAUCGUAUUUUUUCUUUUUUUUUUAAUUUCCCUCGAGUUCUGGAUCCAUGUUUAGGGCAUCAUGUGAAGCGACAUAUGGAAACAGCUCGCAGGCUUUCUGUGGCGUUAAACGAAGCAUUGACGCAGUUCUAUAGCGCCAAACGAGCAAAGGGUUAGCAUCAUAACGUCAGUUAUUUCACGCUGUUAAUUAAAGGCUCGGUACCACAACUGCGUCAAUAGUUCUACGGUGGUAAAUAAAGGGAACGACUGUUUCAACUGGCGAAACGAGUUUUUCCAAUGUUAACUGCACGUUAACACAGUUCUACAGCGUCGAAUGAAAAGCUCAUCCAGUGAAAGUGGAUUAGGUCCGUUGUUUGUAUAAUUUUACAUAAAGUUGAACUUGAAGUAGAUCUUACGAAUUACGGACUUGCUUCAUUUUCACUUUAAAGUGUUUUAAUAGCAAGAACUAGAGCUCUUCCAAAACUCGUGUGACGAGUUCGAGAGUGAAGAGAAAUCGUUGAAACUUCUACGCAUUUAUUACUCUAUCAAUGUAUUAUAUUUAAUAUCCUCUCUAAUAUACUUAAUAUAUACUCUUUAAUAUUUGGUACUGAAAGGGUUAAUGUCUGAGAAUUUGAUAAAUUUGGAUUUUUUGUGUGCAACACGUCAUUUUGAACACGCGUUUUUAAACGUUUUUCAAUAUGCAUUUUAAAGAUAUAUAUAUAUAUAUAUAUAUAUAUAGAUAGAUAUAAAUUUAGAAUAUAUUAAAAUAAUAUAUUCCAGCGUAAUUUAGAUGCGAAACGAAAAGAAGACGUCCAGUACGGAGCGGAGGGUGUAAGGUUUUAGGACAACCAUUUUUUGUAAUUUAAAGCGCGGUAGUUAAGAAUUCAAGGAAGUCGCAAAGAGGACAAGAGAUGUUAAUAUAUUAUGAAUAAAAUAUUAUAAUUAUACACAUUAUAUAUAUAUAUAUAUAUAUAUAUAUAUAUGUAUGUAUACACACACACACACACACACACAAACGACCGCCCUUAAUCUGAUUUCGGCGCGGUAUGGGUUAGGCUAGAUUAAAAUGAAGCUGUUGUAAUAAGAAUCAUGUAUACAGGCGCAUAUACGUUAUAUAUAUAUUAUAUAUAUUAUUGUUAUUAUAUACAUCAAUUUUUUAACGUA